AUGGCAUACGGCAAAUCCAGCAGUUGUCGACAUUUCGGCAGUGCUAAGAUAUUAGGAGAGCCAUCAGGUAAUGCACCAGGCUAUCCUACAAUAUGCAGCUGGCGUUACCGAGGCUUUUGUUCAAUUUUUGACCAUUAUUUGGUUUUGGUUUUGCCGUCAACAUUUAAUGCAUCCCAGAAGGAAGCAGCGAUAGAGCUUCCGUGUCCUCAACUGGUGCUAGCGGGUACGAGCGCCUAUCAUGAACGAGAAAGAAAAAAUUGUAAUCCACUCUUUUAUAAGCUUUUGUAUGUUCCCAAGCAUCAAUACUGUCCAAGCUUUUGUUUGUUCCCAAGCAUCAUUACUGUGCAAGCUUUUGAGUAUACCUUGGCAAGUAUUCGAAAAGUGAUACAAGCUGCAGGGACUAAAAAGUUGCGUAAUUCAAAUGAAAUAGCUCAAACUUUUGUGUUUACAGUACACCUCCAUUCUAUCAAAGGCGAACUUGUCACGUUGGUAAAGAUAUCAUCUGAGUUUAAAGAAAUGGGUCAUUGA